AUCAUCAGCGGCUUAUGUGCUUUUCUCCGGGACUCCCGUGAGAUUCCGUGCAUAAUGUGUGUUUGUGUGUAUUCCUGCACAGAGCACUGCAUUUAUUAACGCUCUGGUUGGUUUUGAGGUUGGGAUUCCUGAGCUCUGGUCCGGGGAUGAGGCCGGGGGUGAUGCAUUUGAGCACUCUCGCGGACGGCCUCGAGUGGAGUUUGUUUGUACGUAGUUUGCAUUUUAGUUGCUGUGAUUUGAAUGCGCACUUACUCGGGUGUACUGAAGCUGGAUACUUUGUUUCUUUGCAAGUAGAUGGUACUUGUGCUUGUUUCUAGGCUUCGGAUGUGAGCAGCUGCCGUACUCUCAUUUCCGCUCUUGUAAGAAUCACUGUCCCUGCCGUUGGCCCUCAUGUGCAUCACCAAGCUAGUCCUCGUGGAUCUGCUACGUUUUCGUGGUGCGUUGGGGGACAUAAAAUGCGAUCUUGGAGUCGUGUGAACUGCGUAAGAGCUGGGUAAGCCACCUGCAUUGUUAGACUUUGUAAUUUGCGUUUCUUUUGAAACGCGGAAGCGGACACGGAGGUUGUUUAGCUUCUCUACGAUGGCUUGUGAUCUUGUCACGAUGGUUCUUGCGUGAGCUGACUUCUUAUCAUAACGACACUCCCAACAAACACUUUCAUUAUAGAACGGCAAGAAGAUGCGUCAAGUAACAGAAAACACGAUGUUCCGUCAACUUUCUCACGACCAUAUGAAGGCCAAGCUGCAUUCGUACAACCCUCAGCGGUUUCUCGCCACACCCAAAGGCCGCAAAGUGAUGAAGUCGUUGAACACUUUUAAGAUCACCAUUCUGUGCGGGUGCAUCACUAUCCUGGUGCUCCGUGGUACUCUGGGUCCUGGAGGAUUCUUCGGGGGCAACCCGCAGUCAGUUGACUUGAGGGACCAGAUUAUCAGGUCGCAGAGAGCACGCGUACUAGCUCAGGUUGAAGAAGCGAUUCCCGAUGAGGUCACUGCUAGUAAGUUCGUGGAAGAGGAGAAUUGGGACCCGAAUACGCCUUACACCCUGGGUCCUAAAAUCACGGAUUGGGAUGCGCAACGAGAGACGUGGAAUACUCUGAAUGCAGGUAUGAACCAAACUUUGAGCGGUAAACCGAAGACGUUGCUCGUUUCGGGAUCUCAGCCGGGACCCUGUGCCAACCCAAUGGGUGACUUCUAUCACUUGAAGUUUCUGAAAAACAGGAUUGAUUACGCUCGCCUUCAUGGACUUGAGUUCUUUUACAAUAUGGCCACCUUUGAGAAGGAGAUGAGCUCUUUCUGGGCGAAGCUGCCUCUACUGAGAAAGAUGAUGCUCAAUCACCCUGACGUUGAGUGGGUAUGGUGGAUGGAUAGUGAUGCUAUUUUCACUGACUUUACCUUUGAGAUGCCCAUGGAGAAGUACGGGAAUAACAACUUGAUCGUGCACGGGUUUCAUAACUUAUUGUAUGAGCAGCAUCGCUGGAUAGGUCUGAACACUGGCAGUUUCCUCAUUAGGAACUGUCAGUGGUCGUUGGAUUUGCUCGACGCAUUAGCCCCCUUUGGACCACAAGGACCAACUAGGGUUAAAGCAGGCGAAUUGUUUACUGAGAAGCUCGUAGAUCGACCUGCUUUUGAGGCGGAUGACCAAUCCGCUCUUGUGUAUCUCAUUCUGCAUGGUGAUCCUAAGUGGAAGGCUCACACAUAUCUUGAGUGGGAGUUCUUCUUGCACGGGUACUGGAAGUAUGUGGUUUACAACUACGAGGAAAUGAUGGCCAAGAACCACCCGGGGUAUGGUGAUGAGAGAUGGCCUUUUGUGACUCACUUUGUUGGGUGCAAACCUUGCAAGUUAGGAGCGAACGCUGAGAACGACGAAUGCUUCAGACAGAUGGAGCGGGCAUUCAAUUUUGCAGAUAAUCAGGUGCUUGAGAAAUACGGGUACUCUCAUCGGGCUCUUGGAUCGUUCAAGACGCAAAAAAUUCGCAGAGAUUCUUCUGACCCACUGGGCUUGGAGAACGUCGAACACUCUGAACAGAUUAUAUCCGAACAAGAGGUCGAUCAGGACAUGAACGAAGCCAGGAUUUAGUUGGAGGUUAUUCUUGAAGUGAAUCUCGAGGCUUUCUCCUACGAGGACUUCUCCGACUAGGGAAGGAUUCACUACUUCGUAUCUGAUUUAAAAUUCCUCGGGGUAGUUUGGCCACUUUGCCUACACUUCCCUCUUUGCGAUGCAUACACUCCGGGCCGAGAUCCUGAAACCUGUAGACGCGGAGAUUUUGCUUUUGUCCCAAAAUCUCAUUGACGUAUUCUUUUUGUACGCGUUUCAAGCUCGUACUUCAGAUCUCUGUGCAGUCAUUAGUGGGGUUGUCGUUUGUAAGCUACUACGCUUUCGGAAGACAAGUUCUCGUAACAAGGAUGAUGUUGCGAAAUUGUUUCUAGCAAUCCUCGUGGAUUAUGUAAUAGGGUAAUAGUAUGGCUUAUGUUGCUUAACCAACGUCAUGCCCACAGAUGGGACAGUCGUCUGAAUUCCAUGUGCUGUUUGACCCCUUGUACCGUAAACAAAAUUUGUCUUUUAAUAUACUUAUCCAAAAGGAUUAGUCUUUCAUUGCUAUUGAUAA